UUUUUAAACACAAAGUUCAAAAUUGACUAAUAUUCACAGUGGCUGUUGAGGGAAUACUUUUUUACACCUACUGGCAGGUAACAGUUUCCAUGGCAACUUACUUUCAGGCAACAUGGAGUUCCUGCUGUGGGAUUGUCAUGAAGUUGCAAGAUGGAUUGAGUCUUUAGGAUUCCCGCAGUACAAAGCCUGUUUCACAGAGAACUUCAUCACAGGAAGAAAACUCAUUUAUGUGAACUGUAUCUACCUGCCCAGACUCGGAAUCACAGAUUUCAAAGACAUGCAGGUCAUCUCUGCUGCUGUACGUGAGCUGCUGGGGAUCACAGAGACCCUGUGGAGUCGCAGCGUCGCCGACCCUCCGAGGGACUCUGUGGGCCUUUACCUGGAGCUGAAGAGCCGGACAGGUGAGCGAGCGGACGGACUCACCUACCAGCAGUUCCUGGAUGGCAGCCAUCAGUGUGACAAAGUGACAGCCCAGGGCGAAUCACAACAGUAAAGGAAGCAAAAAAAAAAAAAAAAAUCAAGACAUGUCGGUGUCAUUUCAUACCGCCAACUGUCAGCUCAGGAUGACUCUGAUGAGACACUCACAGGAGGUCGCAGGCAGGCCUUGGUAUUCACACUUCCCACCAG